ACUAAGGUGCACAUACGUGUGAAAUUUUUACCAACCGCAAAGCGCACACUGAAGCUGUGGUAUUGUGAUCUGUUUUGACGGGUGUCUGCUCGCCAUCGGCGCACACGGUUAGGCUGCAUGUGCAACGAAUCGUUUCAUUAGUGCACUAUAGCAAUACUGAGUGUCAUCGAUGCUGGUGAUUAUUUAGUCAAACUCUUUACUUGAUUGUUAAUAAUUUAAUUGUGGUCGCUAACUAAAUGUAAGUGAAUAUGAGUCUGGCGAAGAUCCAACGGGCGCUUGCCGAAACCCAGCAACGCCACAAACACUCUAUUAAAGAGAACAGCAAACGCGAUGGAGGCUUGGUGUCACAGGAUAUACCGCAAAUUAGUUUAUCAUGGCAACGACAGACAUCAUCACUGUCCUUCCCGUUUCCGGAUCCUCUACCACUGGCCAACUUAGGCUCACUCCUGUUUUCAUUAUCUGGUUUCCCCAUCUCGAAGAGUGCUGAAACGUUCAACGUGACAAAUCUCGAGAAGACAUCACAGGUUCUUGUCGUCGUUGUGGAAAACAUAUCCAUGACUGACUUAUCCCAAAAGCCUAAUAUGCUUAGCUCAUUUCGUCGGAUCGUAGCAGAAAACGGAUUUUCGGUUGUACUGCAGCCGUCGCUGGCUCUAGCCCACACCACGGGCUCGGAUCUAAGUCAGGUCGAGCUUUCGUUUUCGAAGGAUGCUACAAUCAUUAAAACACUGGUUAGUGAAAUCAGUGGAACACGUAAACUCAAGCCAGCUACAGAACGAAAUCCUUCAUUCUUAAAUACUAAAGACGUCGCCGUGGACAACAACGUUGAAGAACACUCAGCGUCAGACGAUGCCAGUAAUGACGACGUCGCUCAGGAUGAGGAAACGAAUAUCAAAAGGCACAUUAAGGAAUUUGCUCUUCGUUUCUCUCAACGCCAUAAUUAUAACGUCGAACUUCAGGGAGGUCAGAUUGGACGGACAUUGCUACAUCCAAAGAAGCGGCACGCAUUACCGUACGCUGAGUCAAAACACACGAACAGAACUAAUGGUGAAGUAAGGCAGAACGAAGAUCUAACGGGUGACAAAAGCCUUACCGAAGAAGGCUUUCCAUUAAGUAAGAUUAGCAGACCCGAUUUAAAAGUACUAUUGGAGAAGCUUGAACGUCUGAAUCAGGAGCAUGUUAGCCUCGAAUACAAACUCCGAAAACUUCAAAGCGGGGACUCCAAAGGCGGUAAUGCGAAAUCUGCUGCACAACUACAACGCACUCGAGAGCAACUCGACCAGAAGCAAAUGGAGUUCAAAAAGGCGAAAGAGGAGUGGGAACAAUUCAAGCAGGACUCCGGGCAGCUUACCACAGCUGAGAAUCAGGAAAAAUACAAAGGUCGAAACGACCUUCUUCAAUAUCUCAAUCGCAUUAUUAGAGCACCAAAGCCCAAGGAAGUGAACGGACUGAUCCCAGUGGGAACAGUGCUAAACCCAGGAAACCUAGACAGGUCGAAACCGGAAAUGUUUGAUCGCAGAUAUUUGAUGCUUUCAUUAACUGAUAUGAAGCUGAACGGAUUUAAUCUCGAGUUCUCCUCGUUAAGGAAACAGUACGCCCCGGUGACUCGGCAAUCUCGUAUGUUUGGUGUGGAUUGUGAAAUGUGUCUCACAAUGAAUAUGAUCAGUGAACUCACUCGACUUACUGUUGUCGAUGAGGAUGGAAUCGUCCUUCUCGACGAGCUCGUGAAACCACGCGGCAGAAUAAUCAACUACCUUACCCAGUUCUCUGGUAUUACACCGGAAAUGAUGCAAGGUGUUACCAUGACCCGGGAAGAUGUUGUAAAAAAGCUUGCUGAACUUCUUCCUCCAGAUGCCAUCCUCGUCGGCCACUCCCUUGAUUCCGACCUCAAGGCACUCUGUAUCACUCAUCCUUAUUGUAUCGACACGUCGAUUUGCUAUAGCGUCAAAGGUGGACACCAAAAGUCGAAACUAAAGGUGCUUAUGAAGACGUUCUUUGGCGAGGAUAUUCAAUCCGCAGGGGCAGCUGGGCACUCGUCUGCUGAAGACUCAUUUGCAGCACUAAGGCUUAUCAUACUCAAACUCCAACACGACAUCUCCUUUGGGGACAUCGAUAUGAACCCUUCAUUUGAGUGGAACGGCAUUAAUUACAAGGAAGCACUUAACGAGGCGAUGAAUAUCGUAAGUAACGAACGCCGCACACAGACUUUCAAGAAUACAUGUCUGCGGAACCCGGCUCGAAGGCCAAAGGCAUUCAAACGUGAUGUUGACCCAAUGGCACUGAUUGGUAUGACUCCGGAAGAAAACAAUGCAUACCUUGAGAAAAAAGAGGAACUUCGAUGGCUAGUCAAGGAAAGAAAACGGCAGGAGAUGGCCGUAAGAGAAAUUCAGCGCGCGAUGCGUUCGCAAGAUGAUGUCGGAUAUAAAGUCUUUCGCGAGCAUCAACGAAGGCUAAAAGCCCUCAAGAAAAUGAAGAAUUACUCCGAGAAAGCCCGCGUAGCUGUGAUACAGAAAUUUGACAAACUUGAGCGACAAAAAAAGGAUAUUUUGGACCAACAUGGAGAUAAUAGUGAAAGAAAACAGUCUACCUCCGCCGUUGUGUUGCUAGCUAAGGAACGGUUCAUCACAGCGAAAAUCAACGAAAUAGAAAAUCAUAUAAAAAUUAUCCUACCUAACCAGAAGUCAAAGUUAAAACAGUUACAUAAUAAAAAGCAUCGCUUGCGUGAUGAACUUCAGCAAGUUCAGAAGGCUAUCAUCGCUCAAGAAAAAGCACAAAAGACUUCCGAAGAACUCCAAAACGACAGCUUUCUAUUUAAGACUGAGAAUCCGAAUAAAAAUGCGAUCGGUACAGAGAAUGCAUCAGACAUUGAUAGCAAUGAUGAAAUUGAAGCAAUGGCUAUCGAUUAUGAAAUUAGUAAGGACGCAGAGCUAAACCUAAAUGAGGCCGAUAUUCUCAGGAUGGUAGAAGAAGGUGAUCGUGCUUUACAGAUCAUCCGAAAACAAGAAGAGGAGUUUCGUAAAGAGUUAGAACGAAAUGAGGCUACUGCUCGGAAGGCCGUAAUGGAGAUGCGCAUAGAGAAAAAACAUCAGGAUGAUGAAACUCUUGCAAGACGUUUAGUUAAAGGAAAUGUCAACAUAGAUGAAGUGUUUAUUGACGAGGCUGCCCUACAUCGGUUUAUAAAAUAUCAAUUGUUUGUGCAACGGAAAAAUGAGGAAUUUGUACGAAAGAGGGGAUAUGGAUUUGGCACCGUAGCGCUAGAGAAACUAUACCUAAACAUAUUCUCUGCUUGGAAAAUGGCCGAGAAGAAAUCAGUUGUUGUAGCGGAAGAGGCUGUGGCAAAUGUUCACUACGACGAUGUAAACAUAAUUCCACCAAAGGAUUCAUCUAUCAGCUCAACAAUUCGAACGACCCGUCGCUGCCUUUCUACACACGACCUCGUCGUGUCACAUCUUCUUUACGAUGACGUCCAUGAAAAUGAAGAUGACAUUGAUUCCGGACUCUGCCAGGUCUGGGAAAGCGUCAAAAGGGGAGGAGUUGUUGUGGUCAUCCUUGAAGGGUCAUACCAUUUCAAGCAAAUUGGACUCGGUCUCGGCAUGAUCGCUAUUAGAAGAUAGCUUAUAGAUAUAGACGGCUCUCCUUGAGAGAAGUUGAAGUUUUGGGUUUUUUGUGUGGCAUAUUGACUUUUGUCGAAAAAAACUAGCUAUGUAUUUUCUCCUGACUAGGGUAAUUCAAUUACUUGUGAUUCAGUUGUGAUCCGCCCUAGUUGUAGAAUAUGAUAGAAUAUUCUAUAUAAAUAGACGCAUAAACAUAUACAUUAUAGGUUAAAUUACUCUGUUAAAUUUUUGAGUUGCACAAGGACGCGCACACAUUUGUCUUUAUUCGGCAUCGUAAAAAUUUUGCUUCAGAAGGCAUCGUUAAGAGUGUCUGUGACAAGUGUAUAAAUGUAACAAGGCCAUAGGCUAAGAAUGAAUGAGGGAUAACCUAUUACUAGUAUUGCUCUUUUGGUGGUUAACGCCACUAAUAGUAAAAUUCUCAAUUUUUUGAGAGUUGAUUUGUGAAAAAUAUGUACAAAUAAUUGUGUAUAUUUGUAAAUUAAUCCGCUCGAACACCUGCUGUCUGCUAGCAUAAUGAAAUGUAUGUAAUGAUUAUGAUGAUGUUGCUUUUGGUGAUUGGGAUAUUAUUGCAGUGUAGCCCUAGCAAAUGCUAUAGAUGUCGAUAUAUAAAGCUGUACGCAGUUUCUACUUGUGUGUUAAGGACCUCUAUCAACUACGUCAUCGAACCGAAGUAUUUAGGCGUUCUUUUUAAGUGAACAAAUACAACCAUUUAAGUAAUGAUUUGACUGCGAAAGCAACCUUGAACAAUAAAAGAAUGUUGCGACGGUCAAGAUAACAAUCGUAGAAUGGAAGACGUUUUCUAUAUCUAACGGUUCUCGUAAUGACUAGAAUUAAAUAUAUGCCACUGAUUCAACAUUUUAGUUAAAUUCAUUUAGUAGUAGAAGACGAGCACAACAACACCGGCGGAUAGAACUUCGGUACAUUAUAGAAAAGGAGUUUAGGGUAAUUAAAUAUUUUCCACAAAGCAGCACCGCAUAUUCUCAUUUCUAAUAGACCACCGUCUAUCCACUAAGUUGUCUAUCGUGUUAGGUAGAUAAUUCCAAAUCUUGGGCUAGAAGUUAUGUUUUCGUAUUUGGAUCAAGUGCUACUAUUUUAAUUCGGAGAGCAGAGCUGCCGAAUUAUAUAGGUCGGAACUAUUUACCGGAGCAUAUAAUUAUUCGAGAUAGACCAAAUAGCUCGCAAGAAGCCUGUAUUCACUCACGUCAGUCAACUGUGGUAUUUGUUUAAACCCCAAAUGAACCUCGCCCACAAUGAUUUCCGAAAAAACUAUCUUUGCAGCUGUGCGACUCGAAGCAAUUAAAGUUACUGUAGGUACGUGAAAUAUGAAUUAUUGAUAAUUCAAAGAGCAAAUACAAAAUGGAUUUUUAUUUGCUUACAGCAG